UCUAGUCUGAAUACCAUGUAUAGUUGUAAAGUAAUGCAGUGACUGUGUGCACUGUGAAUAACCUCUUCUUCAAUAUCAGCACACUUAUAUGCUGACAAAUGCUCUGGGUAUUCUAGAACUCAGUCAUCUCUCUCCAUGGCAACAGCACAAACUCUGCUCCUAACACAAGCGCAAAACAUUUCCGGAGCAGUAGUUUUCCCCAAACUGUUUUCGGAAAAGAUACCACUAUCUACCAAGGAUGGACGCAAGUAAUUCCACACCUCAUGGAUUAAAAAGUUUGCUGGAGUGUUUAUCCAGAGCAGCUCUCCUGGCGCAGCCAGAUGACAUCCCACGGUUCCUGUGUGCACAUGUGGAGAACAUGAUCAAAUUCAGGGACGAUGAACAGUUAAAAGACAUCAACGAGGUCAUCUUCCGGUAUCAGUGCCAGUCUGAGCAAACCUUCUUCAAAGAUAAAAGGAACUGGACAGAAACCCCAAGACCAUGUUCAGAGAAGUUUCCUAUAUCCACAUCCAGUGCACUCUCUGCGUCUCCCGUGUCAUCAUCCCCCAGGAAGAAUAGCAAGUCUUCAGUUGAUGCUCCAAGCCAUCAUGAGAGUGUGUGUCCAAAUACUAAAGAAGAUGAGCUGCACUCUAGAAAGCAGAUUCGAAGACCAUCUGGUUUGCCAGUACUCCCCACUAUCUGUCAGAAGCCUUCAAAACCAUUUCAGGGACAGAAAUCAACCAAAGAGUAUAUCUGCUCUCUGGCUGAUUGUCAUUACAAAAAUAAAGACACAGAUAGCUCACCAGCUGACCAGAGCUUGGGGUCAGUUAGCACCGACGAAGGGCCAACAGCACAAAAGGAUCUGGGCCUACAAAAUUUAAAAGCAAAGCCCGGACCAUCUGUGAUACAUGUUCCUUACAGACCUAAGGGAGGGUAUAUAGUAGAUCCAGAACUACAGCCAAAGAGAGGCAGGGCAGGGCCUUUUACAAAUAGGGGGGCCUUGCUUUUUGGCAGAAAGAGCAAUGUGCUGGAGGGCCUAAAUGUCUGGAACAAUCCUGAGUUGUUACUCAUCAGUCAGUCAGUCCCCUGAGGAGCAUCCAUUCUCCCCUGGUUGAGGUGUCUUUACCAAGAGGGAUUGACGUGACUUCACUGUAGCAACUUACAUGGCCUUACCUUGUGAAUUAAAUAUGAUGCAUUCAG